AUGGCAUCACGUCUAGAUCAUAUAUUCUCAUACGUAAAUGAGAUCGAAAGUCGGGCGAAUAAGUUGACUACUUCUGUGUCACAAUCCAAUGAAUUGAUAAAUACAAUUUCAUUCCUAAAUCAAGCUACCAUUGAAUAUGAUCAAACAAUAGAUGAUAUAACUACAUUAAUUGAAGAAAAUAAUAAUAGUUUAAAUGAGUUCAAGAGUUUACAUGAACGAGCUUUCUAUUUUGAUUCAAAUAUUUUGCAUAAUGAUAGUAUAACAAAUCAACAAGCUUUUGAACAUAUAACUCAAGAGUACAUGCAUCUACUAGGAAACUUGCGUAAGAAUGACAAUUAUAAUUACCAUGACGAGAACAAGAAAGGGGAUGAAAUAGUGAAUACAAGUCAGGAUGAUUCGAACAAUUUGAAACGACAUCACGAGCCCGAAAUAGAACAUCUCGACCCACCAUCACCUUCUCAACCACAGUCACAGUCACAGCCACUGCCACAAGAAGAAUUAGAGCAAGACUUAUCACCAUUACGCGAUCAUAUCAACCCACCAGAUCUUAAGAAAAUGAUAUCUGUAUCGAAUUUGAGAUUAAAACCAAUGAGGUGUGCUUCGUCGACAAGUCAACUGAUUGCCAAAAAGAAAUCAAGAUAUAGAUUAUCAAGUAUUUAUAAUAUCAAUCCAAUAGCAUAUGAUGAGUCCACAAUUGGAACAUCAUCAACUUCAUCAUCAGCUACUGAACAAAGCACUACUGCUGAAUUGUCAACACAGGAAUAUGAUCAUUCAAGAAUGCAAAAUAGUGUAACAAAUUCAUAUGAAACUUUAGCAUCUCACCUUUUAGAUCCGGUUCAAGUUAAUGAGGGCCACGAAUUGGAAAAUGGACUAUUAUCAAAGGAUAACUUGCAUAGUAUUGUCACAAAAGAGUUUGAUCAUAUUAUACCCCGAGGUAGAUCCAAUUCUUUACCUACUUCCACGACAAAAGACCUUUCAUUUUCAGAUGACGAUAUACUCAAGGAGUUUGAUUGUGAAGUCGAUAUACUAAGGUUCAAUAGAUUAAAGCAUUUUAUUAGUGUCAGUCACCUACCCAACAAACAUAAUUAUGGAGAUGAAGUCCAUAUUGAUGAAUAUGACAUCGAUAAUGACGACGAGGAAGACAACAAUCAAGACAAUGGUAUUUUCUUCAACGAUAUUUAUCAUAAAUCACCUACACCUCAAUCUAGAUUAAGUGACCAUGAUGAUAUGGUAUCAGUGAUAUCUGAUUAUUCCUAUUACUCUCCAGACAAACAACAAAAUCAUGGUAGUAGUGAGAAUGAUGAUUUAUUUGAGUAUGAUAAUUUCAGUGGAUUUUUGCGAAAAUCACGUUUGGAUCUAAACAAAGAUUUACACCAAGCAUUCCCACAUCUAAUGAAACCACCAACAGCUGAAGAUACUCAAUCAGAAAUGGCUCGGCUGAAAUAUAAAUUCCAUAAUCCUAUCGAAAAACAAUUGAGUAGCUCCCAGAUUUCAACAGCUACGUUCAACGUUCAAGCAUCUGCAGUUAUGCAAACAAAAAAUUUGCAACGCGUAACUUCAUUACCAUACCUACCAUCCAAUUCAAAGAAUUCAGCUUCGUCAAUAUUACAUUCCUAUAUUGAAAGACCAUCGACUCCAUCUGAAACUGCACAUUCUUCAUUGUCGUUCAAUGAUAGUUUCUUGAAAUUUUGUCAGUCAAAACUGGGACCUACAUCUAUGGAAAAUCCCAAACUUGCAACACCUCCGAGAAUAAAGCAGUUGAAAAAAUCAAAGAUGAUAAAAAGUAAUCCUAUUUCAAUACCCAGUGAAGCUCAAUUGAAACGUAUCCCGACUCAAGUACAGUCGUUACGAAAUGAUGGAUCUUAUUCAAAAUUAACACUUGGUCCAAAUCAUACUAGACUGGUUAAACACGGCAAUGGUUCGUUAUUUAAAAAUCCAAUAAUCGGUUCGUAUGAUCAAUUUGCAUUAAAAGAGGCACUAUCCUCGAGUCUAUUGGAUUAA